GCCAUUGGCAGCAGGUACCGGAAGCGGUCGCGAGUUUCCAGCUCUGGCAAAGGUUCUUCUUGAGACGUGCUGAGGUGCAGCGUGCGCGGUUUCCCUCUGGACCAGAGCCGAAAGGAAUUGGGACCGUGGCGGAGAUGGAACGCCACGUGGAAGGCCGCUCGGCGAGCUCACUGUUCGCUGGAUUCCGAGCCCUGGGGCUUUUUAGUAAUGAUAUCCCGCACGUGGUGCGGUUCAGUUCGCUGAAGCGCCGGUUCUACGUUACGACCUGCGUGGGCAAGAGCUUCCACACGUAUGACGUUCAGAAACUUAGUCUGGUUGCAGUAAGUAACUCUGUUCCACAGGAUAUCUGCUGUAUGGCAGCUGAUGGGAGGCUAGUUUUCGCUGCUUAUGGGAAUAUUUUUUCUGCAUUUGCCCGUAAUAAAGAGAUAGUACAUACCUUUAAGGGUCAUAAGGCAGAAAUCCAUCUUUUGCAACCUUUUGGGGAUCACAUUAUCUCUGUUGAUACUGACAGCGUUCUUAUUAUUUGGCAUGUAUAUUCAGAAGAAGAAUACCUACAAUUGACUUUCGAUAAAUCAGUUUUUAAAAUUUCUGCGAUCUUGCAUCCAAGUACCUACUUGAACAAAAUACUUCUGGGCAGUGAACAAGGAAGUCUGCAGUUGUGGAAUGUAAAAUCCAAUAAGCUUCUAUAUACAUUUCCAGGAUGGAAGGUUGGAGUGACUGCUCUUCAGCAGGCACCAGCUGUGGAUGUUGUUGCUGUUGGUCUUAUGUCAGGUCAGGUUAUCAUUCACAACAUUAAGUUUGAUGAAACAUUAAUGAAGUUUCGUCAAGACUGGGGACCCAUAACUUCGAUUUCAUUUCGAACAGAUGGUCAUCCAAUAAUGGCAGCUGGAAGCCCAUGUGGCCAUAUUGGACUUUGGGACCUAGAAGACAAAAAAUUAAUCAAUCAAAUGAGAAAUGCACACUCUACAGCAAUUGCUGGACUGACAUUUCUCCAUAGAGAACCUCUUCUUGUCACAAAUGGUGCUGACAAUGCUCUCAGGAUAUGGAUAUUUGAUGGCCCCACAGGUGAAGGCCGACUUUUGAGAUUCAGAAUGGGCCAUAGCGCUCCUCUUACCAGGAUCAGAUACUAUGGACAAAAUGGACAACAAAUUCUAAGUGCAAGUCAAGAUGGAACUCUUCAGUCAUUUUCCACGGUACAUGAAAAAUUUAAUAAGAGUUUGGGACAUGGAUUAAUUAAUAAAAAGAAGCUCAAGCGUAAAGGACUUCAGAAUACCAUGUCAGUAAGACUUCCACCUAUCACAAAGUUUGCAGCUGAGGAAGCUCGAGAGAGUGACUGGGAUGGUAUCAUUGCUUGCCAUCAAGGUAAGCUAUCUUGCUCAACCUGGAAUUAUCAAAGGUCUACAAUAGGUACUUACUUUCUCAAGCCAAAAGAAUUGAAGAAAGAUGACAUCACUGCAACAGCAGUAGAUAUUACUUCUUGUGGAAACUUUGCCGUGAUUGGUCUUUCAUCAGGAAGUGUAGAUGUGUAUAAUAUGCAGUCCGGGAUACAUCGGGGAAGUUUUGGCAAGGAUCAAGCUCAUAAGGGAUCUAUUAGAGGUGUUGCAGUGGAUGGAUUAAAUCAGUUGACAGUUACAGCUGGUAGUGAAGGAUUACUCAAAUUUUGGAACUUUAAAAACAAAAACUUAAUCCAUUCUAUGAGCCUUGAUUCAUCUCCAAAUAUGAUGCUGCUACAUAGGGACAGUGGCAUUCUGGGACUUGCCUUGGAUGACUUCUCCAUUAGUGUUCUGGACAUAGAAACUAGGAAGAUUAUGAGAGUGUUUUCCGGACACCAAGGCCAAAUAAAUGACAUGGCUUUCAGUCCUGAUGGUCGUUGGUUAAUAAGUGCUGCAAUGGAUUGCUCUGUUAGGACUUGGGACCUUCCAUCUGGUUGCCUUGUAGACUGUUUUUUGUUGGACGCAGCUCCUCUCAAUGUUACUAUGUCCCCUACUGGAGACUUUCUAGCCACUUCCCACGUGGACCACCUUGGAAUUUAUUUAUGGUCCAAUAUUUCCCUGUAUUCAGUUGUCUCAUUACGGCCACUUCCUACAGAUUAUGUUCCUUCAGUAGUGAUGCUUCCUGGGACUUGUCAAACCCAAGAUAUAGAUAUAACAGAAGAAAAUGUAGAACCUAGUGAUGAAAUGAUAGAGUAUGAUUCACCAGAACAGUUGAAUGAACAAUUGGUGACUCUCUCACUUCUCCCUGAAUCACGGUGGAAGAACCUUCUUAAUCUUGAUGUUAUUAAGAAAAAGAAUAAACCAAAGGAACCACCCAGAGUACCCAAAUCAGCACCAUUUUUUAUUCCAACGGUCCCUGGUCUUGUACCCAGAUAUGCUACACCUGAACAAAAUAAUGAUCCUCAGCAGUCUAAAGUUGUAAAUCUUGGGAUCUUGGCUCAAAAGUCAGAUUUCUGCUUGAGACUUGAAGAAGGACUGGUAAAUAAUACGUAUGAAGCCGCUCUCAGCCUUCUGAAAGAAAUGGGCCCAUCAGGAAUUGAAACAGAGCUAAGGAACUUGUCUCCUGACUGUGGUGGAUCUAUAGAAGUCAUGCAGAGUUUCUUGAAAAUGAUCGAGAUGAUGUUGGACAGAAAGCGUGAUUUUGAGUUAGCCCAGGCAUACCUUGCAUUGUUUCUAAAAUUACACCUUAAAAUGCUUCCUACAGAACCAGUACUCCUAGAAGAAAUGACAAAGUUGUCAUCACAAGUGGAAGAAAGCUGGAUUCAUUUACAAUCACUCUUCAAUCAAAGCAUGUGUGUUUUAAAUUAUAUCAAAAGUGCUUUGUUAUAAAAAAAAACCUUAAGUGAUUAAAGAAAGCAGAGAUUUUUAUUAAAUGGGUUCAGUGUGAAAAAAGUGCAGCACUACAUGAAUAGUAAAUAAUUCAAUACUUUAAAUGCUAAAUACUUUCUUGAAAUAAAAUUUCCCCUACUUUUGUUUGGAAAGCCUUAAGAAUCAGAUAACUUACUUUGAGUUCCUUCAUUUUAGGUACUUUUAUGGCUUUUUGAAUUGUUGUUAUCAGCAUGUGUUUUUUAAUAUGUUACAUAUAAGAGAUACUACAUAUUUAGUGUGAAGUACUGAAUUAAGUUAAAGAUGUCAGUUGUAAGGGAUCUGUAAUAUAGUUAUAAAAAUGCCCUUAUGAAGAAAAAAGGAGUGUUUCUUUCCUUGGUAGUUUUUGAUGAAAUCAUGGCUCUUAUUGCUGGAAGGCAUUUUGGACAUCAUCUAGUACUGCCUUCAUAUGUGGUUGAAGAAGAAUCAGUAUAAGGUUGCUGGGAUCUCAGUGAUGAAUCUGAAUUUCUAAUACAGGCCUAGUGCUUUUUCCACUGUCAAUCAAUCAUGAAGGAACUUAUUCUUGAAUCAGAAGUAUGAUGGAUACUUGCCCAAGGCAAAUUGUUAUAGAAAAAGAUUGAAUGGAUAUCCAUACUAGGAAAGGGGAAUUCCAAUUUCUAUUGAAGGUUGUCCUUAAAAGAGAUUUUCCUUCUUUAUGGAUGACUUGCUUUAUUUGGGAAGAAACUACUGACUCUUCUUUUCUGUCUCAACUAUUGCAAAACCUGGAAGAUCUGGCAGUUUUCUCUUUCCUCAUCAUUUUCCUUUUUAUAUUUCAGUACUUGAGCAAUACAUAAGCUAAAAAUAAGCAGUUCUUAAAAUUAAAAGCACAGUGUUCUAAAAAACUGCUUUUAUUUAGUACACUCAAAAGUAGUGUCAUUCCUAAAAUGCAGCUAGUUAGUUUAGACACCAGUAACAUUCUUGUUAAAUAUUAGAGUUUGUAUUACAGACUAUCUCCUCCUAAAAAAGCAGUCCUUAAAAGGAAUUGACUAAGAAGGAAUUUAAUGUUAAAGUGUUUUUAUUUAAUAAUAUAGAAUUAGUAAACUAGGGAAGUAAGUUUGUGUUCAGUUUUGGUUAUCUUUUAAAAAUAUAUAUCAAUUUGUUAAAGCCACUAACUGAAAUAUUAUAAUGAUUUAAGUUCUGCCUUUAAAAACUGACCUGAGGGGCUGGGACUAUAGCUCAGUGGUAAAGCACUUGCCUGCCUAGCCUGAGGCACUGGGUUCAAUUCUCUGCAUCACAUUAAAAAUAAAUAAAGUUAUUGUCUAUCUACAACUAAAAAUAUAUUUAAAAAAAUUUAAAAACUUUCUUGAAUAUGAUUUCCCCUGUUCUCAACAUAAUUAUUGUGGAAAUAUGGCAGAAAUACAGUAUGCAGUUGUAUACCUUGUAAAGAUUGUAAAUAGCUAAAACAAAUGAUAAUAACUAUCAACAGAAAACAUUUUUUUAACAAAUCAUGAACUGAAUUUUUUUAUAUUUUCAAAUGAGAGUAUUGAGUUGAAUAUGUGUAUUUUUAUUGGAGAUAUCUUUAGGUAGUAUUACCCACAUUAGUUUGGCAGGUUAUCUUCCAGAAGCUUUUCUAUGCAUUUACCAUCAAAGAGGGAGGGGAAAAGAAUAUAAUUUUGUAUAUAUUUUUUUAAAAAUCAGUCUGUGUAUAUUGCUGUAUCUUUAAAUUUUAAAUUAAACAUAAUAAGUGACUAUUGUACUUUUAAGAAUGUCAGACACGUUUUUUUUUGACAAAUCUUCAAUCUCUGUAUAUAACCACAGGAAAUAAAAUGUAUAGUUAUGGUUUUUUACAUAAAGAUCUUUACAUCAUUCUGCAACUUGCUUUUACCACUUGUUUUUUAUUUUAGUACAUUCUCAUUGAACUGAUCUUUAUUUUGCAUCAUGUCCCAUAAUCUGUUUGGCCUAAAAUGGACACUUAAGUAGUCCUCUCUUCUAAUUCUAAACAGAGCUGGAGUGAACAUCAUCUUAUGUGAGUCUUUAUGUGCAUGUAAUAAUUUCUCUGUAGUAAUUGCUUAAAAUUCAAAUUGCUGAGCCAGAGGAUAAGCAUUUUUAAUUUAAAGAGAUACUUCCAUCAAGUUGGCUUCCAAAAUGAGUAUCAUGUUCCCCUCAGCUAAGAAUGAGCAGCUACUUCCCCUUCUCAUGGAACUCUUUAAAUCUUUAUAAUUUUUAUUAACCUAAUGAGUGAAAAAAAUUAUUUUAAUUCAGAUGAGCAUCUUUUCAUGUUUGUUUUAGACCAUAUUUUUUGGUGAGUAAUCUUUUUCUUCUCAUUUUUUUAUUGAAUGAUUUGUCUUUUUAUCUCAUGGAUUUGGUUAAGUUUUUAUAAAACUUAGAUAUUGAUCUAUGUCUGUUUCCAAUGUUUUUUCCCAGUUGACUGCUUGUCUUUAACCUUACUUAGCAUUUCUUUUUUUUUUAAAGAUAGGAGAGAAAGAGAGAUUUAACAUUUAUUUUUCAGUUUUCGGUGGACACAUCUUUAUUUUUAUGUGGUGCUGAGGAUCGAACCCAGCGUCCCUCGAAUGCCAGGUGAUGCAUUACCGCUUGAGCCACAUCCCCAGCCCAGCAUUUCUUUUUUUAAUAGAGAUUUUAUAUUUUUAUAUAGCCAAAUUGAUCAAUUUUGUCUUAUUCUAAGAUAUUAAUCAUAUUUUUUAAUCUUUUUUAUAUUUGUUCAUUUUGCAGUUGUAUUUUCUCCUGCAAUGUGCAUCUGUGUGAGUUGUUAAAUGUCUAGAUCUUUAUCUGUAAUUGGUUUGUGUGAUUAAAGUAAAGGUAUAGACAUGCCUUAAUUCAAAUGUCUUCAAAAAUAAUUUAUUGAAAAAUUAAUUCUUUUGUCUCUGAUUUGAGAUUCUGCUUCAUUAAAUGUACUAAAAUCUUUUAUUGAGCUCUUUUAUAUUUCUAAUAAAUGUAUUACUUUGAUGAUA